UAUAACAAAUUUAGAAGAAUUUUGCUAACUUGGACAGGUAGAAGUAUAGAUUUUUCUUCUUGAUCUUCCUGAGGAAUAUAAGAAAUAAGAAAUCGGAGAUACGAAAAGACUCCAUAAAUUAAUAAAAGAUCGACGCCCGUCACAUUGUUAGUAUAAUAGAGGGCUGCCGAGAUUUUAGAGCUAGUUUAUUAGAAAUAAUAAUAUAAUUUAUCAAUCCACCGAGACUUGUGCUCCUCUUUCCUCCUCUAUAUAUAUAACACCCCUUCACAUAUAUUCAUACUCAGUACCUUCAACACAGAGCCAACUUUGCAUAUUCAUAACCUAAAAAAAAAAAAAAGCCUCUCUUUUUCAUGGCUUCGGCAAACCAAGUCCAAAUCACGAUCCCCAAAGACAAUGCAGAUCGAAACGAGGUAGAUGAGUUCGACUACUCGCAAAGGUCACAAUGGCUUAGGGCUGCUAUAUUGGGAGCCAAUGAUGGAUUAGUGUCGAUUGCAUCACUAAUGAUGGGAGUUGGAGCUGUUAAAGACGAUGUUAAGGCCAUGAUUCUAACGGGAUUUGCAGGUCUUUGUGCCGGUGCUUGUAGCAUGGCUAUAGGCGAGUUCGUUUCCGUCUACUCUCAGUUGGAUAUUGAGAGAGCCCAGAUGAAGAGAGUGGCCGGAAUUAACGGAACGAGCGAAGAGAGUGGGAAAAAUAUGCCCAACCCUUUUCAAGCUGCAUUUGCUUCGGCCAUUGCAUUUUCGUUGGGUGCUGUUGUGCCUUUGCUGGCGGCUGCCUUUGUGACGGAGUAUGAGGUGAGGCUGGCGGUGGUGGUGGCGGCAACCACCCUGAUGCUGGUGGUGUUUGGCUGGGUUGGGGCGGUGCUUGGCAAGACUCGAGUCGGGAGGUCUUGCGGUAGGGUGUUGGUUGGAGGAUGGAUGGCUAUGGCUAUUACAUUUGGUCUUACUAGGUUGCUUGGUGCUAGUGGUCUGGAAAUGUGACAUGUUGAUUUUACCUUCUUUUAUGUGAUUUUGAAAUGUGAAAUAAAAUUUCAUUGUGAUUGAAUGAUUUUGAACUUUAAAGAUUUUGAUUACAAUAUAAACGGUUACUAAUUAAA